AUGUAUGAUAAUUUAAAUGACGCGUUCAAGAGCACGGCGAGGCAGCUUGCAGGAUAUAUCACUCUGUUACAGUGUUGGAUCUACGAGCAUUUUCCGUCCAUUGGUUCCACUAUUCCUGUCGAGGAUUAUAAUGAGAGGAGACCACGUGCAUGUCGAUGGACCUCUGGCAAGGCACUGCCUGUUUCCAUGUAUCAACGACAUCUGGAUAGACUGACCCAUGACGCGGUGUGCUGGAUUCCAUACAGUGACCACCUUUCAUUUAGAGAACUUGAGGUCAUCUCAUUAUUUUCCGGCCAUCUCAGAUGGGGCCCUUUGACGGUCAUUCACCAACCGGAAAGGGUUGUACAACAGUUUGGCUACAUCCAGACUAUUUCACCAUAUCCUACUACAUCUUCGCUCUCUAUUGAAGAAAUUGAUGAUAGAUGGAUGCAGUUCGGUGAGUACAUUGCACCUGUAGGGCAAUUAUGUGCAGUGCCUGGCCACUGUUUGCCAGAUUAA